GCCCCCUCUCCGCGCACCCCAGGCCCCGCCCGCCACGGCCGGCGGCUCUAGGGGCGGGGGCCCCCGGGACACGGGCGGCCCGGCCUGACCUCGACCUCGGCCGCGGGCCGGACCGGCGAGUCCCACCCGGCCGGCGCAGGCCCGGGCCCGCGAGCCCCUCCCUCCACCUGUCCCCGCCCUGGAGCCCCGCGCGGGCUGCGCUCGCUCGCAGCCGCGGGGCCGGCAGGCGGCCAUGGCGGCGGGCGCCGGGGCCAGGCCGGCGCCGCGCUGGCUGAAGGCGCUGACCGAGCCGCUGAGCGCGGCGCAGCUGCGGCGGCUGGAGGAGCACCGCUACAGCGCGGCGGGCGUCUCGCUGCUCGAGCCGCCGCUGCAGCUCUACUGGACCUGGCUGCUCCAGUGGAUCCCGCUGUGGAUGGCCCCCAACUCCAUCACCCUCCUGGGCCUCGCCAUCAACAUGCUCACCACGCUCGUGCUCAUCUCCUACUGCCCCACGGUCACCGAGGAGGCACCAUACUGGACAUACCUUUUAUGUGCAUUAGGACUCUUCAUCUACCAGUCACUGGAUGCUAUUGAUGGGAAACAAGCCAGAAGAACAAAUUCUUGUUCUCCUUUAGGGGAACUUUUUGACCAUGGUUGCGACUCUCUUUCCACAGUUUUUAUGGCACUUGGAGCUUCAAUUGCUGUUCGCUUAGGAACUCAUCCUGACUGGUUGUUUUUCUGCUCUUUUAUUGGGAUGUUCAUGUUUUAUUGUGCUCACUGGCAGACUUAUGUUUCAGGCAUGUUGAGAUUUGGAAAAGUGGAUGUAACUGAAAUUCAGAUAGCUUUAGUGAUCAUCUUUGUGUUGUCUACAUUUGGAGGAGCAACAAUGUGGGACUAUCCGAUACCCAUCCUAGAAAUAAAAUUGAAGAUCUUACCAGUUCUUGGAGUAGUAGGUGGAGCAAUAUUUUCCUGUUCAAAUUAUUUCCAUGUUAUCCUCCAUGGUGGUGUUGGCAAGAAUGGAUCCACUAUAGCAGGUACCAGUGUCUUAUCACCUGGACUCCACAUAGGAAUAAUUAUUAUACUGGCAAUAAUGAUUUAUAAAAAGUCAGCAACUAAUUUGUUUGAAAAGCAUCCUUGUCUUUAUACCCUAAUGUUUGGAUGUGUCUUUGCUAAAGUCUCACAGAAAUUGGUGAUAGCUCACAUGACCAAAAGUGAACUGUAUCUUCAAGACACUGUCUUUAUUGGCCCAGGUCUUUUAUUUUUAGACCAGUACUUUAAUAAUUUUGUAGACGAAUAUAUUGUUCUCUGGAUAGCAAUGGUCAUUUCUUCACUCGAUAUGAUGAGGUACUUUAGUGCUUUGUGCCUGCAAAUUUCAAGACACCUUCAUCUAAGUAUCUUCAAGACUUCAUGUCAUCAAGCACCUGAACAGCUUUCUGCAUAUCCAUAUCCCACUGCUGGAACAAAGUCAGAAACUGCUGAGAAUAUUCUUGGUUAAGCUUCUGCCUGUAAAACAUAUUAUUAUAUUUCAUAUCAACGUGGAGCAACUAUCAAAACAAAAUUGAUUUGAUGUAAUUAUGCUAUAGUAAAAGAGAAAGUGUCAAAUUUCCAGAUGUGAAAUCAAGAAGUAAAAGUAUGACUCAUGCUGAUUCCAGAAAUAUUUAUUUUCCUAACCAACCAACAGAAAAACCCUCAAAAUCCUCUCAUGCACUUUAAUUCUUGAAAACUAGUGGAGUUUUAUUAUACAUACACAUUUUCCAGAAAAGUCCAUUUUAUCUCCAAGCAAUUUACUUUUUCAUUUUCUCCUACUGAAUAUAGGUCAUGAUAUGAUAGAUUUACCGAAGUUACUACAGAAAAUUUUCAAAUAGAAAUAUUUCACUUAAUUUUUCCCCAUUUUGGUACAGUGAUUUUGUACAAAAGAACAGUUAAUUCAGCUAAAAUAUACAAAUUGUUUAUAAUAUGUAAGGUUGAUCAUUUUAUACAUUGUUAAAUAGUUAACUGUUAUAAGACCAAUGGUUUAUAGGACACUGACUUUUUAUUAAACUAGUGUACUUUUAAAAUGAAAAUAAAUUCCUUUUAUUGUUUAAAAAA